UCGUUUUGGUCGAAUUACAUUUUAAAUAUCAGUGCGCGCUCCUGGUCCAAACGAAAAGAGCCGGAGGAACUGAUAACCAGCUUCAGCAUUAAUACCCCGUCUUCACGUUACUAAUAAAUCCCUGGAAAAUUGCACAAUGUCUGAAGAAAAGCCAAAGGAAGGAGUGAAGACGGAGAACGACCACAUUAAUCUCAAGGUAGCUGGUCAGGACGGGUCAGUUGUACAGUUCAAAAUCAAAAGGCACACUCCACUCAGCAAGCUAAUGAAGGCGUACUGCGAAAGACAGGGAUUGUCAAUUCGUCAGAUAAGGUUUAGGUUCGAUGGACAGCCAAUUAAUGAAACAGACACACCUGCACAGCUGGAGAUGGAGGACGAGGACACUAUUGAUGUAUUUCAACAACAGACAGGAGGAGGCUGUUCUUAAAUGGGAUGUGGACUAUCGGCAGAACAUCCACACCAGUUCUUUUCAUGUUGUAUUUGUUUAUUUCUGUUUUUACUCAAUUCUUUUUCUCCCCCGCUGUGCUUGGCUAAAUGUCAAGCCCCCUCACAACAUCAAAAAGGUUUUUCAUUUGGGGCCAGAUCCUAACUUUGAGAUGCAGGGUAAUUUUUUAAAAACACCCUCACACAAAUGGAUUAGAAAUUGUCCAAGGCAGGGAUGCGUCUCAGAUCAGAUAUGGCUCAUAAUGACAAAACUCAGAGUUUUUAUGACGUUGAGAUGACCUGCUGCAUGUUUCAUAAACCAUAAGCUGAACUACAUGCUGAAACUUUAUUUUUUCCAGAUUGUUGUAAAUUCAUUCAAAUUCUUGAUGGGCUCAACUGUUUUUAAUACAUAUGAUUACUGUGAGGAAAACUUACAGAAAGUAAGUGUCUUCAUGGAUGGAGAAAGACACAAUGACAUAUUUCUCAUGUACCUUUUUAGUAUUUUUUUUUUUCUUCUAAAUGAACAGCUGAAUAUCGUGUCCAUUUUACCUUCAGCAUUUGCAAAGAAAAAUUAUUGUGCGGAGAAAGAUCCACAUGGAUGGUUUACCUCAAUACUGUCACCCUCCACACAGUUUUAACAGAAUGGUAAUUAAAGUAUGGUGAUGUUUUUUGGACCAAAAAGCUUAAUGAAUAGUGUUCUUUUGGAAAAGAGUUUGAUUUAUAUACAAACUGAUGAUAUAAACAGUCACUGUACCGGCAGUCUUCACAGCAGAGGAGAAUUUCUCUUGGUGUGUAAAUGCAUUUUUCACCCUUUCAGGAAGCCGUGUGAUCUCAUCCAAGCUUAUAUAUUUCAUAUUUCAUUGUAUAAACAAAUAUUGAGAUGCUGUGUUGCCAAUUUGAAUAUGUUUGUUCAUCAUUCUCAAAAAUUUCAAAAGAUGCUUAGUUUGGUUUGAGUCUGUGUGUUGGUAGAAAUCCUUUUUUUAUGACAGUGUCUUCAUUCAUUUUUUAAAAUUAACAUUUGUUAGAUUUGCGAGGUGACAUUGGCAGAUAUUCCACUUUUUUGUACAUUAUUUGUCGUCCCUAUACUGUAUACAAUAAAUAUAGUUUGAUACUC